UCAUAGAUUUUGGGAAGACUUGCAAUGCUAUUUUUCUUUCUUUCUUUCUGUAUCUAUUUAUUUCUGUCCAGUUUUUCCUUAUGAAAUCCAAUACUUUGAUCUAUUACUAAGAGAUUAAUUUUACAUCCAAUCUUCUUCACAAGAUUUCUGUAUAAUUAUUUAUUCACUAUCAUCUUACACCAUUGUUUUUCCAACUUACAUACUUACUCAAAAAGUCAGUCAAAGUUAAUAAACCAAGAUCCUACAUACAAAUAAUAAUUCACAAUAAUCAGAGUGCUUCUCUAUUGGAUUAAAAAAAAAAAACUGUUAAUUUCACGUUUUCAUUCAGGUUUCCAGGAGGGAAGCACAUGUGUGUCUCAUUCUCACAUCGAUCUGCACUUGCAUCAAACAAUCAUUAAGCCACAAGCUCACAAAUAGUGACAUCACAUAAACUACGGACAUCUGCAAUAUUACUGAAUCCUGGCUGCACAGGUUGCAUUGCUCACAAAUCGCAGUAUAUGAAAGUCUAGAAGAUGCCAACAUUUUAUUAUAUUACCAUAAUUACUAUAAUUUUUUCACUAAACUUACAAUAUGCAUCAUAAAACACUGAAGCUGACCGUUGUUUAAUUACAUUGCACUGUUGUGGUGUAAUGGGGUGUGGACGCACUGUAGCCAAAGUUUGGACCGUGGUUGAAUGACCCGUUGCACUACAUUUUUUACAUCCAGUUUUUCAAUGACUGGCACAUUAAUCUACAUGUCACCUGUCACUGGAUGCAUUAUGGCUGAGAGCAUACGGGGUCAUAUACGCACAUGCGGCCACUCGCAAACUUUUACAUCCAAGCUCAGAUUUACGGCAACACAGCCGUCUUGAUCCAGAUCUUAUCCUCCCACAGAAACACGGACACAGUCUUCAUUGGUGCGCCCGAGUUCUGCAGAGCAGCGGAGCUAUCGGGUGUCAAUCUCAGAGAGAGAGAGAGAGAGAGAAGUGGGGAGGGAGACGCAUGGGAUGCUGAAGACUGAUCCUCACUGAGAGGAUGCUAUCGAUCAGGCUUGCAAAUGCCUCCCCCUCGUGUUUGAUAAACAUGCUGAUGUGCGCAAUUAGACGUUUCCUGCUCCUUAUAGGCUCAUCGGACAAGCAGGUAAUGUGAGCAGCGGCUACACACUGCAUGGGCAAGCCGAGGCAUCAAUGCAGAACUCCUCAGCGCUGUUCGGGAUGGUCAGCCACUGUCAGACCCCGAAUUUCACGGACUUCACCGGCCUGACGCUCUCCGUGUACGGCAGCAAGGCGGACAUCUGUGCGCGGCGAGCCGGGAGCGGUGGUUUUGCGUCUCAGAUUUGCCGGAGCCCCCAUGACACCCCGACUCACAUGAACUGCGCCAGCCCGAAGCGACUCAUCGCGUCCGAGCAAAAAGCGCAUCUGUCAGCCAAAACUCCGCGUUCGUGCUUCUCUCUCCCGCCCAUGCAAGUGAAUGGUGCCUACUGCUCAGAGAAAGAUGUAGACGCCGAGCUGGGUGACGCUGAGGGCACCCUGAUGCGAUGUGGGCAGAGCCUGCCACUGCCGGUGGGGGGUCAUUCAGGGGGGCUCUACCUCCAGAGCCUCCACUGCGACAGACCUACCCCCGACCUCCUCCUGCAGGACGGCCCUCACCAAGACCACAGAUCCUCCUCUGCCUUCCAGAGGACCCUGUUGGGGGCCUCCUCUGGCCUGGGCUGCGGCAGUGCCAGCGGGACUCGCUCCUCUCUGCCUUACAUAAUCAAACAGGAGAACUCAAUGGGCUAUAAGACCUCCAGCACAGGGUCUGGGGUCCAUAGCACAUCUCAGGCCGGGUUUCAGAACUGUAGAGCGGGCCACGUUUUGGGGGUGCGAAGGGACGAGACAGUUGGAGCUCCGCACAUUAGCAGCGGUAGUGGCGUAUGUACAGCGGGCGGUGUAGGUCGCGCUGUGUCAAGGGACGCAGUGCAACCGUUUAAUAAUGAAGAUGGCUCCUCCCCGCUGGCUUUGUCCCCAACUGGCUCCCAUCAUUCAGCGCGGCUGCUCAGUGCUAGCAGUCUGAAGAAACGCUGCCUGUCCCUGGCCUCGCAGUCCUCCGCCGCUGCUGGCACCGGCAGCAUUGCUGCCACAGGUUCCCCAUCAGCUACUGGCGCUGCUUCCGAGGAGAUCAAUAUCACCGCCAUCAUCUGCUCCUCCUCCCAGAUGUCGAUGGUGGCCUGCGUCAACGGGUUCCGCACUAACCUCUCACCCAGCCACACCAGCAGUGCCGGCUUCUCCUCCUCUUCCUCCUCCUCUUCUACGUCCCCACCCUCUAACUCCUGCUCGCGGGAAACCCUCCAAAGGCCCCCACCUCACGGCAGCCCCCAGCAAGCCACGGUACAGGAGAGCUGUCAGCUGUCCUCACCUGCCACCUGCCUGCUGUCCCUUUCCUCCUCCUCGUCCUCCUCUUCAGUGUCAUCAGUGGAGCCGGAGCAGGGUCAGGGGCUGUGUGAGGAGCAGGGCUCCAUGCUGCAGGGGCGUGGGGCUGGAGGAACAGCCGGGGGAGGAGUGGGGGGAGGAGGAGGAGGAGGGGGAGGAGGAGGCUCGGACGGGUUGGGGCUACUGAUGAGUGGGGCGCUAAUGUCUGGGACGCUGCAUUCGGGGCCUGAUGCUGGGGCUCUCCUGGACAGGGGCCAAAGAUCGGGGGCUGCCCUCAAGCAGGAGCCCCUCGAUGACUUCUCUCCCAGUGAAGACGAACUCUAUCAGCACCACUACCAUCAUCAUCAUCACCAUCACUUGAGUGGUCGCAGUGGGCACCUUCGUCACCCUCACCACCCCCCUCGACCUGCCAUGCCUCCGCCCUACCACCUCCACCAAUACGUGGGGCCCAGCCCUGGGGGCCUGCUGCACCACCAGAGCCAGCAAACAGCACCAGCCUCUUCCCUGGGACACAAACAGACCUCUGGAGGCCCUCCUGGGUCCCACACAGCCCCCGAGCAGGAAGAAGCUGUUGGAGGAGCACUGGGUGAUAAGCAGGUCUGUCGCUGGAUUGAUUGCAGUGCUGCGUAUGAGCAGCAGGAGGAGCUUGUGAGGCAUAUUGAGAAAGUCCACAUCGACCAGCGCAAAGGUGAGGACUUCACCUGUUUCUGGGCCGGCUGCAUUCGCCGCUACAAGCCCUUCAACGCGCGCUACAAGCUGCUCAUUCACAUGAGGGUCCACUCCGGAGAGAAACCUAACAAAUGUAUGUUCGAGGGCUGUAACAAAGCGUUUUCACGUCUGGAGAACCUGAAGAUCCACCUGAGGAGCCACACAGGAGAGAAGCCGUACCUGUGCCAGCACCCCGGCUGCCAGAAAGCUUUCAGCAACUCCAGCGACCGCGCCAAGCAUCAGCGCACUCACCUGGACACGAAACCAUAUGCAUGUCAGAUCCCCGGCUGUACCAAGCGUUACACGGAUCCCAGCUCCCUACGCAAGCACGUCAAGAUCCACUCAGCCAAAGAGCAACAGGUGCGUAGAAAGCUUCGGCCCUGCCCUCACCUGGAGCAGGAUGUCCUGAGUGACUGUUUGUCCAUGCAGCACCUUCAGAGCUCCGCCUCCUCGCAGCACCUCUACAACGGCAAAGAUGGUCGUUCUCCUGGACUGGGCCAAGACAUCUUCACAGGCCUGUACACUGGCUCCAGCACCCCCCAUCACAGCGCCUCAGUGGAGCUCCUCUCCCCUAACCCAAACCCUGUCUCCGCCACUGACCUUCCCCCACGACAACACAGACUAGACCGGGAGCUCGGCAGCCCUCAUCACCUGUCCCCACUGACCGCCAUGGACAGUACGAGAGACGGGGUGUCGGGUCCCCUCCUGUCUCCUGGGAUGAAAGCAACAGGGACGCCUCCUCCCCCUCCUCCUCCUCUGGAGAAACAGCAUGGUCACUCUCACCAAAAGCCCUACUCUCACUAUCACCAUCAUCAGUCUGCCAACGACGAAUACCAAGGCAGCUUUCAGAGCUGCUUCCAUUUCGGAGACUCCUACAGGAUGGAGCAGACGGUCGGUGGUGUCCACAUCCCAGGAGAUUCUCACGCCUACACUUCCCAUCAGCACAAUGGCUUCCACAUGUCGACUAGCAACUCUGGCUCUGCAGGCUUCAGCUUGACCCAGGAGCUGCAAGGAAACGCAGGGUGCCAGUUCUCUUCAAGCCCAGAGGAGAGCAUUUUCUUCCAGGUGGGCAGCUUCGACCGCAGCCUGAGCCACAUGUCCUCCGUCUACACAGAGACGUAGAGCAACACUGGAGCAGGGCACGCUUCACCACACCCACUCUACUACUUUGCAGUACAACUCCCUUCACAUGCAUCUUUACACACUCGGAUCACUUCUUCUCUAGUUCUUGUUUCGUUUUUUUUUUUCUUUUUUCCAACAGCAAAAUAUAGCUCACACAGUGAAUCAAAAAUGAUUUAUAGAUUCUUCUGACCUACUGGAAACCAACAGACAAAAAAAGCUUUGAAGUCAGUUGAGACUACUAACCUCACACUACCUGAAUAGUCAAGAUGCAAAGUUGGUUUAAAUCCUAACCUUUAUAGAUCGUGACCCCUCAAAACAAAAAUGUCACCAGUAUUUUUCCAGGUGUUAUGUGAACCAUUUUCAGAUGUAAAAUUAUUCAGUAAUUCAUGAGUAAAUGAGCAAAGAUUUGAGGAAAAAUCAAAAAAUUGAUGCAUUGUCUGAUUCUGUUAAAGGGACACACUGAUUUUACACAUUAAGAUCAGUUAACUUGUCCUGAGGAGUAAGUACUAAACAGCCUAUAAAACACAUGUAAAAUGUUUUCUGUGUCUGUGAAGGAAGCUUUCUAAACUCUGAGAAAAUAACCUCAAUGAUGUCAUGGUGAUGUCAUCAUGGUUAUUUGGGAUUGGGCUCGAUACAGAUUUAACAGAAAGCCUCUGUUCUAAACUUGGAAUGCGUAGUUUUAGAUAUGUAGGUGUUUACCCUGCAGGGGGGGUCUUCCCAAAGACGCUGCCGAGUUGUAGCAUGAGAAUUGUUGGAUCAGCAGGAUCAUUUUUUUGGAGCAAGAGACUAAAAGUCAGGAUAUCUCAACCUCUACUGGAUCGAUUUUGCCCCUUCUGUUUUUAAUCUGUCGCUUGCAAGUCCCUUAACAUAAUUAAAGUAAAAUGCUAAAUUGCUGGAAGUCCCCUUUAAUUAUUCUAUUCUUAUUAUUCAGAUUUGUCUUGGGGGUCAGACAUCCAAGUUGGGAACCGCUGGGUUAGAAAAGAUUUGAAAUAUGUAAGAAGGAAGAAAACAAAAAAACAUUUUGGUCAGAUUUUUACUCAUUUUAAAUGAAGGGAUAAAUUACAGUUUCCUUUUCUUAUUAGGACUUUUUAAACUAUCUUCCCAUCGAGGUCCAUGAGAGACAUAAGCUUUCCUUCUUAGAUUCAGAAUCACAUUUAUUGGCCAAGAACUCAUCAUGUACAGAGAAUUUGUCUUGGUGCGAAGACUUGCACGCUUACAGUACAAUCAGGCUGAGAUUACACAUGCAGUUCUUUCAGCUUUAAUACAUAAACUUCAGUCACUACAAAGUCCCUGAAUGGACUUUAAAUGAAACCUUUCCCUCCUCUCAUGUUUUUUCCUCUCUAAUCUACAUGUUUCAAUCUACUUUAGACUGAAGUGUAGAAAAGAAUAUAUCAUUUUGCCGUGUUGUUUUAGCAGUGGAAAAAAAAUGUUUGCAUUUCUGUAUUUUGUGUUUUUUGCUUUUGGAUUUAUUUACUGAGGAGGGUUUGGGCUAAUAAAUUCUGCAAUAAUGCAGAGACCAACCUACUUUAUUAUUGUAUGUAUAAAAUGUACAGUUUGUUUACAACAAUCAUGUUCGUCAUUUUUACAUUAAAAAUAAUGCAGAGAGGACUGAGCUUGUUCACAUUAGUUGUAUAUGUCUGUAAAAUAUUCAAUGUUCAAGUUUGUGUAGAACAGACAGUUGAUGAGGACCAUUAGAAAAACCUUCACACUGUGGACAUGUUGUGCCCUCUAGUGGACACUGGUGGGGACUGCAGACACAGAACACUUGACUCACUGUGCAAAAUACUUUGUCACACUAUCGCGUAAGCGCCUCUCAUUAAAGCCUCAGUGUGUUCGAUUGUG